CUCCAUAUGCCUCAGGUGCGGCCCUAAAAAAAAAAAUUUGAAUUUUCAACAGGAAAUGUAUGUUAUCUCGUCAAAGACCAUUCUACCAUUUUGUGUUCUUGUUCAUUCGAGUGAUCCAAGGAGGAAGCAUUCAUGACCCCCUUUUUACGGAGGGCAUAUCUGGAGAUGGGGGGAGUAAAGAGCCAAAGGUAUGCUGCUGGAAAGUGACAAAGCUGGGAUUCAAGCCUAGGUCCCAUUUAAUGUCAAGGUUCGGGCACCCAGACAUGCUCCAGACUGCUCUCUUGGCAUGUGUGAGGAAGAUGCGUGCCUCCUUCGGCAAUAAGGAAGUGGAGAAACACACAUCAGAAGGUCUGGGAGACUCACUCUGUCCUUUGGAUCCUGUUCAAAAUGCCCCCCUUCUUGAAGCGUUCCUGAGAAACCAACCAGCCCAUCUGCGCCUCCUCCGAUUCUCUGGCUCUUUGUUUUGGCUCCUGUUGGCUCCCUCCCUUUGUUCUCAUGUGCAUCAUCCCCGGGCAUCUCCUGGAAGCAACCUGAGGGCAGCCUUGAGUCUCAUCAUCCUUCUACAUCCUUCGUUCCCAGCACGAUGGUCCCCACAAGACAGGCUGGCUUUUGAGCUUGAUCUUGGGGGAAGCGGGCCGGCAGGACUUCAGGGGGCGGGUUUUGGUUCCGUGACCACCCUGGCUUGGCCGGUUCUUCAGCAUUUCCUGCUAACAGCCAGUCAUGUGAAGUAUCAGUUCAAGCUCAUUGAAGGGCGAGCUGCCCUGUGCCUCUAA